UCAAGCGCUGCCAAAAGGUUCUCAGCAGCCCGUGUUUCUUUGUAGUGGCACAUGGUGCAUUGCUGGUUUUUCGAGGUCACUCCGAUUACAAACUUUAUAUCGGAUACCUCCCCCAAAACGUUCUCUCUCGUGACGCAUUCCAAUGGCAUCCCCGCAAUGCCAGCGGGUCGUAGACGGACAAGUGGACGCCAAAGACGAGAAACAAGAUGAGGAACAAAUGCGGGUGUCCGUGCUCCAGCAGCACCGUCGUCCCAUCCAGAGCGUAGCGUGUCCCCCCAUAGAUAGAAGAUUGUCCUCAUCUACGGGAUCCUCCAAGGCGCCUAGAGAUAUUUUGGAGCAGAAAGAGUUGGGACCAAAGUUGAUUAUUUUUAUGGUUGGAUUGCCUGCAAGAGGAAAGUCAUAUAUUUGCAAAAAACUCGUGCGAUAUUUAUCUUGGAGUGGAUUCAAUACGCGUGUGUUUAAUGUUGGCAAUCGGCGUCGGGUGAUGGCUACCAGCACUUCCUCCUCACCCCCACCACCACACGAAGGUCCUCAUGAGGCAACUCAUCAGGUUCAUGAUGAUCAUGUCAACAGUGUGCAUGCGGCGACGGAAUCCCAUCUGGAACCGCCUCACAUCUCGGUCACACCCCCCCGCACGCUCCCAUCUGACCGUGCCGAUACCCCGGAACUCUUGGCGCCCAUCCCCAAAGUAUCCUACAAACCCCUCAGCCUCGCUCACCUCCUCCUUUCAAAAUUCAACAAUGGAUACCACGGCCCCGUCCCAGAACCCUGUCCCUCACCGGUCGUCAAUGCCGCACCCGGCACAACCCACGAUGCAAAAUUCUUUGACCCAGAUAACCCCGAAGCCAAAGCCGUGCGCGAGAAAUUGGCUAUGGAUACCCUUGAAGAGAUUUUUGAGUGGUUGCAUGGGGGUGGUAAAGUGGCGAUUCAUGAUGCGACCAAUUCAACUGUGCAGCGACGUCGUGCGUUGUUGGAUCGCGUUAAGCGAGAAAAGGGUGUCAAGGCCAUGUUUAUCGAGAGUAUAUGCACCGACAAGCGCGUCCUAGACGAAAACAUUCGCAUGAAACUGCAGGGCCCCGACUACAAAAACAUGCCACCGGAAGAAGCCAUGCGCGACUUUUUGGCCCGUACAGCAAACUACGAACGGGCCUAUGAAACAAUUUGCGAAGACGAAGAACGACAAGAUGAUUUAGAGUUUAUUAAACUAGUCAAUGUGGGGAAAAAGGUUAUUGCAAAUAAUGUGCAUGGGUACCUUGAAAGUCAGUGUGUCUUUUAUUUGAUGCAAAUGCAUAUCAAGCCUCGCACGAUUUGGUUGACGCGGCAUGGGGAGUCAGGCAAGUAUUGUGUGUGGUGUCGUGUGUGUACGUGCGUGCGUUUGUGUGUGUGUGGUUUUUCUCUUUUGCAAUUCCCCCACUCCACUCGCCUUUCCCCCACCUAACGUGCAAAAAAGCUAAAAUAUUACGACAACUCUAGAAUACAAUGUCACGGGUCGUAUAGGCGGCGACCCCCCGUUAACCCCCCUCGGCCGCCGCUACUCCUCCGCCCUGGCCCGCUUCCUCAACCAAUUCCACCCCCCAACCCACACCACCCCCCUCGACGACAAUUUCGGCACAGACCGCCACGCCCCUCUAAGCAUCUGGACCUCGACCCUCCGCCGCACGUUUGAAACCGUCGAAACCUUUGACGACACAACCUACGACAUCAAGCGCAUUAAAUUCCUAAACGAAAUUUACGCGGGUGUAUGCGAAGACCUUACUUACCAAGAAAUUGAACAACGCUACCCUGACGAAUUUUAUGCACGCCAAAAAGCGAAAUUGGUGUACCGGUAUCCUGGACCCGGGGGUGAAUCCUAUGUGGAUGUCAUUGAGAGGUUGCGACCCAUUAUUAUUGAAUUGGAGCGGAUGCAGAGUAAUGUUUUGAUUGUGACGCAUCAAGUUGUCCUACGUACCCUUUUAUCCUACUUUAUUGGUAUCCCACUCGACGACAUGCCCACCCUCUCCGUCCCCCUCCACACCCUCUACUGUCUAAAACCAAAACCGUACGGUGCUGAUCUCGUUAAAUAUUGGUAUAAUCCUGAUACGGAUGAAUUUGAGCAACUUGGGGAUGGGGUUUAAAGGGGGGAGUAAUCAAUACAAGUGGGUUUUGUCUUUGGGGUUGUCAUCGUGUAUUUUUUUUUUGUUUGUUUAGAAGGGUUUGUUUUGGUCAAGAUAAUGCUUUCAUUAUUGAUGCUGCAGUAUAUGGUUUUUUAGUGCACGUGUGUUUUGGGUACAUAUGAAUUUGUGGUAUUUUGCCAUGCGGCUUUUUUUUUUUUGAGUGCAUUAUUGGAUUGUACUGCAUCAUGAUUUGCGUAGUGAUGCUUUUUGCACAAAAGGAGAGAUGAAUGUAAUGCAUGAGAAAGAAUGUUUGUUUAGUGGUUGUGAGCGAAAUAAAUGUCUUGUUGGUAGAUGGGA